UUUAUAGCUUAAUAAUGCCAACAAUGUCAAAGUGCGACGAUGACCAUGAACAAUCUACAGGGGAACAUCAUAACAAGUACCGAAAAUACCCCAUACCCGCCCACCAGUGCCUAUUUCCUGCCCACAUUAACCCAUUCAUGAAUGACAAGCAAAAAAUGGCGGACAUCAUGGACUGGUGGUACGGCUACUCCAUGUUGCCUAAGGAGCACUACUGGAGUAAAGUGAGCCAGGCCAUGAGCACAUACACCUAUUGCUUCUACCCGUUCACAAAGUCAAUGGACAGGUAUGAGAACAUAGUUAAAUGGGUCGGGUACGUAUUUGUAUGGGACGAUCAUAAUGAUACCCCUCAGGGAGAGUUUGGUGAGAACUUGUCGGACGCCAUACCUGUCCAUCGCCAGUACCUCGAGGCAGUGGAAAGGCUGCAGAGUAUGUAUGUGCCGGACGGUGAGUCCCGGGAUAAGCCAUUCAUAGGUAUGAGCGGUUGGCGGCCAUACGUGCUGUGCGUCUAUGCGGUGGUCGAGACGGUGCUGAACGCCAUGAAUCGGGCGCAGAGGCGCCGGUUCCUCGCGAGUUGGCGCCUAUAUCUCAAUGGACAGCACCGGGAGAACGAGUUGGUGAUGAAUAGUGAGAGCCUGGAUUUUGAUGGCGUGACAAAACUUCGUAUGGCCACCGGCUCGAUGGACACGUUUAUCUCGCUGAUCGAGUACUCGGUAGAGGUGUGCGUACCGGACGGGGACUGGGAUGACCCCCGGGUGCGACAGCUCCGGGAUCUGUGCAACAAAAGCGUGGUAUUCAUGAACGACGUCUACUCGUUCGAGAAGGAACUCCGCGAUCAAAACGGUUGUGUCGAGGGUCUGGUCACCAAUUCGGUGGCCUAUUAUGUGGUCCGGGAGGGUAUGGCUAUACCCGAGGCUAUCAGCAAAAUGAUUGGUAUUAACGGAGAUAUUGAGCGCGAGUUUAAGGCUAUCAGCGAUGAUGUCUAUAGUGAUGACGAUAUUAGCGCUGAUACCAAGGUGUUUGUGCGGGCACUGACCGCUAUGAUGCCCGGCAAUAUUGUAUUGUCUCAGACACUAUUACGUUAUAAUAAGAUUUAUUAA